AUGGAGGAAGAGAAAGCUCCAAGCUCUUCACACUCACAUAACCUAAUAUGUCCACUAUGCCUUGGUAUCUUCGACGAGGCAACCAUCCUGACUUCAUGCGGACACACCUUCUGUCGGAAAUGUCUCAAGAACUAUGACCUGUCCCAUCAGGAACUUGAUCACAUGAUAUGUCCUCUCUGCAGGGAGGUCACCAAGUUGUCUGCGAACCGUGUCGAUAAUUUCCUCACCAAUGUGACUGUCAACGGACUUGUAGACAAUUACCACGCCAAGUGUCGAGGGGUGAAUGCUGCCCUGGAGGUGCGUCCAAAAUGCACUGCUUGCAAGUUCCAUCAAAAUGCUGUCUCAUUCUGCAGAACAUGUAAUAAUUAUAUGUGUGAUAAGUGUCUGGAUUGUCAUCAACAUCUCAAAGUCGUCUUUGAAGGUCAUGAGAUUGUAUCCAUGGAGGAUAUCAUCAAGGGGAAGGUCAGCAUUGGUCACCUUUCUGAGAAGUGCUGCAUCCACAAACAAGAGAACAAAGAUAUGUUUUGUGAGGAUUGUAAGGUCCACGUCUGUCACAAGUGCGUGAUAGUGAACGACCUUGUCCAGCGUUGUGCAAGUAAAAAAUCAGAACUGGAGAAGAACAUUCAGAAUGUGGAGGUACAACGAAAUGAAGUAUACAUUGCCGUGCAGAAACUACUGGACGAUGUCAGUCAAACCUACAGCAUCAAGGCCAAAGAACUUGAAGAAAAUCUUCGAAAUCUCAUCGAGCAGAUCAAUGCAUUAAAGCAGAGUUUUGAUGACGAUCUCAACGUCUUAAAAUCCAACGAUCGUCAAAGGAUCAAGAGUAUUUGCAGUUCAAUAACACUGGUAGCUAAUGACAGACUGGGUCAUCUUGAGCCAGACAGUGUGUCUGCUCAUACCUUGCUAUGUGAUAAGCUGGAUGCCAUGCUGAAGGAGGCUACUGAUCACACUUCUGCGGUAGCCAUUGCAAAGAAAGCACAGGAGAAGAGGUUCAAGUCUGCAGAUGUUACUUGCCUUGAACUCGGAAGCAUCUCAGAAUCAGCUACUGAUCACACUUCUGCUGCAGCCAUUAGCAAGAAAGCACAGGAAAAGAGAUUCAAGCAUGAAGAUGAUAUUCGUAUUGAACUCGGAAGCAUCUCAGAAUCAGCUACUGACCACACUUCUGCUGCAGCCAGGAAGACAGCACAAGAGAAGAGGUUCAAGUCUGUAGAUGAUACUAAUUGUCUUGAACUCGGGAGCAACUCAGAAUCAUAUCCCCAGUUGCAAGUCAUGGAGUCUGUAAAUCUUCGGGGACGGAUGUCUGGUAUGAUCCCGUACUCUAAGGACAGUGUAGCUAUCGGAUAUAUUGAUGUACGUGGUAUCAUCGAUAUCAUCGAUUCAACUGGUUAUCAGGAGCAGUAUGAAAACAUAACAAGUAACAUGAAGUGCGUUGAUCUUGUGUUUCAACAAGACGGGUCGGUAUUCAUAUCGACUGGUAACAAUAAGGCACACAUAUAUGCUCCUGAUGGAUCCAGGAAAUCAACCAUACACGUAAAAGGCAACGAACUUAAUCUCAAACUAAACAGAAGUCCAUCAGAUGAAAUCCUCAUCGCGAACAGUGAGAAGAAAGUCUAUAUCUUAAACCCGACGGGAUCCACUCUCAAACACACUGUUCCAACAAAAUACAAGACGAGCCAAGUAUCUGGCACCAGUUCGGGUUUGAUCGUCACGACAAGUUUAUGUGAUUUAACUAAUUUAAGCGUGGUGACGGUCUAUGACAGGAAUGGGAAUGCUGGUAAGUCUCUACAAGCUCCAGAAAAGUAUGUCUACCUGCAUGCUGCCGUGGAUGAGCAGGACAGGGUGUAUGUAGCGCAUGGAAUUAAUAAUAGUCAGAGUUAUCAUCAGUACAACUACUUGCAAAUCAGGAUCUACGACCUUGAUGGUCUGAACCUCAAGGAGAGAGUUGAGUUCGGUGCACGUGAUCUGCGUAUUGAUAUUACACCACGUAGAUGGGGUGAUUACUUGGUUUCUCUCUCACCAGACGUGCUCGCGUUUGCUUGUGACAAGAAGUUGUAUUUUAUCAAAGUAUCACUGUAA